AAUUGGUCUCUCUAUUGGGAUUGCCGGCUGAAGGUGCUCUUUACCAGAUUUGAUAGCAAGGUUUUAGCUGGAGAUGACAAUGGAGAUGUUAAAUUUAUUGCAGAAAUACAGUGCCCGUCGAGCAGGAUGUCUUGCAAGUCUCUGGUGCUAACUGCUGGUGCUGCUGUCUCUUUCGUUAGCCACGACUCCAACCGAGCAAAUUAUGACCUGCAAAUUAUCGCGACCCAGAAAUGCUAAGUUAAUGUACUUAAACCACAUUGAUUGGAUGUUCGACUUCUCGAGAAAAUUAGAUUUCACCCAAUUCACAAAGAUGGGAUACCAGCUAUGUUUCCUUUCAAAUCGAUGACUACGAAAAAAUAGCAGGGGGACCUCGAAACAAGGAUAGAUUAAGGAGUCUUGAAUCCCGGAAGGAAUGAGAACCUUCAUUUCCAAUACAAGCAUCCGAAGCGCAAGUUGGGCUACAACUCAAAUCUGCAAGACAAAGCAAAAACGAGCCGAGAAUUGAUGGAGCGUCACCCUUACCCAGAAGCAAUUCUGUUUGUUCUAGAUGAUGCUCCGUUAGCCCCACCGCAGAGGAAUGCGGCUUUUCGACGUAAUCUUUGACAAGGUAAACAAAAUGCUUCUGGAAUCAGUACUCACGAUCGACAUUGAUGGGUUUUCUCUGUCUUGAUUGCCCAGUCCCGCUCUUUUCUUAUGCUUCACUUGAUCAUCUUGUUGCAGAGUCUAUAAAAUGAGAAGGGUUUGUCCCUGCUGCUUCACAAGUCUUGCCCAAACCCAUCCCAAGCACCGGAGCCAUCAGGUAUCCAAAGAGACUGCUGAUAACCGAAAGACUAUAAGUGCUAGCGACAACUCAGAGUAUCUGAACCAGGUCAUGGCCAACUCAAGCAGUAGUCAAGGGACAAAUAUCAUACAGAAUCAUAAUUUCGCUGUUGGAAUGCAUUCUUGGCGUCCCAAUUGCUGUGAAAGCUGGGUGGUCUCUGGAGAAUCGGGUGAUUCCUAUGCUGUGGUUACAAAUAGAAAAGAAUGCUGGCAAGGAUUGGAACAAGACAUCACAAGCAAGGUUUCUCCAGGUUCCACUUAUUCUGUUUCUGCCUGUGUUGGAGUGUCGGGGUCUCUUCAAGGCUCUGCUGAUGUAUUGGCAAGUCUGAGGCUAGAAUACCAAGAUUGUGCAACUACAUAUAAGCGCAUUGGAAUAACUUCUGUAUCAAAAGAGAGGUGGGACAAGGUGGAGGGCUCAUUUUCUUUGUCAAGUAUGCCAAACCAAGUUGUCUUUUACCUUGAAGGGCCUUCUCCUGGAAUAGACUUACUUAUAAAAUCAGUGGUGAUAACGUGUCCAAGUGCAAACGGAAAAGAGAGAGUGGACAGGGAAUGCAUAGCUGCUGGUGAUGAGAACAUCAUCCUUAAUCCCAUAUUUGAUGAUGGAUUGAACAAUUGGGCUGGGAGAGGUUGUAAGAUUUUCUUACACGACUCUAUGGCUGAUGGGAAGAUAGUUCCACAGUCCGGGAAGUACUUUGCAUCUGCAGCAGAACGGACCCAGACCUGGAAUGGGAUUCAGCAAGAAGUUACUGGAAGGCUGCAAAGAAAACGUGCUUAUGAAGUCACUGCACUGGUUCGUAUAUUUGGUAACAAUGUCAGCAGCACUGGCGUCCAGAUCACACUGUGGACCCAAAUGCCAGAUCUCCGUGAGCAGUACAUAGGCAUAGCCAAGGUGCAAGCAACAGACAAGGACUGGACACAAAUGCAGGGGAAGUUUCUCUUGAAUAGUUCCCCGUCAAAAGUUAUUAUCUACAUUGAAGGUCCACCUGCGGGUACCGAUAUUCUUGUGAACAGCUUAACAGUGAGGCAUGCAGCAAAAGCUGCUCCUUCUCCUCCACCAAUUAUUGAGAAUCCAGCUUUUGGAGUAAAUAUAAUUGAGAACAGUGACCUAAACAAUGGGACUAAUGGAUGGUUCCCCCUUGGUAGCUGCACUUUGAACAUUCAAACUGGUUCGCCGCACAUUCUUCCCCCAGUGGCAAGAGAUUCGCUUGGGCCUCAUGAACCUUUGAGUGGCCGUUACAUCCUCGUGACAAAUCGCACAGACACUUGGAUGGGCCCUGCUCAGAUGAUCACUGAUAAGCUCAAACUCUUUUUGACAUAUCAAGUUUCCACUUGGGUACGGAUAGGUUCUGGUGCAAGUGGUCCUCAAAAUAUUAAUGUUGCACUUGGUGUGGACAACCAAUGGGUGAAUGGUGGACAAGUCGAGGCUAAUGAUGACAGAUGGCAUGAACUUAGUGGUUCAUUCAGAAUCGAAAAGCAACCAUCAAAGGUCAUGGUCUACAUCCAGGGUCCUGCUUCAGGUGUUGACUUGAUGGUUGCAGGGGUUCAAAUAUUCCCUGUUGAUCGACAUGCGAGGUUUAAGCAUCUGAAAAAUCUGACUGAUAAGCUCCGUAAGCGUGAUGUUGUCUUGAAGUUUUCUGGUGCGGAUUCAAGCAGCUUGCUUGAUGCUACCGUGAUUGUCAAACAGACACAAAACAGUUUUCCGUUUGGCUCGUGCAUAAGCAGAACAAACAUAGAUAACGAAGAUUUUGUUGAUUUCUUCGUAAAGAAUUUCAACUGGGCUGUUUUUGGGAAUGAAUUGAAGUGGUACUGGACGGAGCCUCAAAAGGGAAACUUUAACUACCGGGAUGCCGAUGAGAUGCUUGACUUGUGUAAGAACCACGGCAUAGAAACCAGAGGCCAUUGUAUCUUUUGGGAAGUGGAGAGCAUGGUUCAGUCAUGGGUCCGAUCCCUCAACAACAAUGACUUGAUGAGCGCUGUUCAAAACCGUUUAAACGGGCUUCUUUCUCGCUACAAGGGCAAGUUCAAUCACUAUGAUGUGAACAACGAGAUGCUGCACGGAUCAUUCUUUCAAGGUAGAUUGGGAAAAGAUAUCCGAGCAAAUAUGUUUAAGACAGCACACCGACUAGAUCCUUCUGCCUCACUGUUUGUGAAUGAUUACCAUGUGGAAGAUGGGUGCGAUCCCAAGUCAUGCCCUGAGAGCUACAUAGAACAGAUUCUUGAUCUACAGGAACAAGGCUCACCGGUUGGCGGAAUCGGGAUUCAAGGGCAUAUAGAUAGUCCAGUGGGACCAAUUGUUAGUUCGGCUUUGGAUAAGCUGGGCAUUCUCGGCCUUCCGAUAUGGUUCACUGAGCUCGAUGUGUCCUCUGUUAAUGAGUACGUACGAGCUGAUGAUCUGGAAGUCAUGCUCCGAGAAGCAUUUGCACAUGCUGCAGUCGAUGGGAUAAUGCUGUGGGGCUUCUGGGAGCUGUUUAUGAGCCGAGACAACGCGCACCUGGUCAACGCGGAGGGGGAUGUCAAUGAAGCCGGCAAGAGAUACCUCGCACUCAGGAAGGAGUGGUCGUCUCAUGCUCAUGGACAUGUUGACGAACAAGGCGAGUUUGCGUUCAGAGGAUUCCACGGGACAUACGACGUCACGAUCGUUACCACUGCUAAACGGACUACGAAGAGCUUUGUCGUUGAUGAGGGCGAGUCCCCGCUCGUCGUGUCUAUAAGUCUUUGAGUCACAUGAGAGUGCUGCAACUGAAUAUUGUCAUCUGGUAAAUUCCUGAUCAAAUUGCAUGAUGUAAGGGGGGGACACGACUGUACAUAGCAUGGUUUGCAAAGGGAUUGAUUCAUGUCUAUAUUGUAAUCUUAAAGCCCGAGAUAAUAAUAUGGUUGCUGCUUGCUAAGAAUCUGAUUGAACCUUUGGAUCA